CUGGGCGGCGUGUGAGUGCGAGUGUGUCAACAAAGAUGGCCGCAGGACCGCUGUUGUCCGCCACUUUAGACUCACCUCUCGUGUAAACUCUACCAAUGCCUCAACACACCCAAUAUUACCGAUAUGACUCAGCGCUUGCCUUGAACUUGGCUCCUGUUUGAACCUGGAGGACUAUGAGAAGCGUGCCGUUAGUGGCGUGUGUCGUGAUUAGAGGCCAUUGAAGCAUAAUGUUUUGAUGAACCCUCAACGAUUUCAGAAAGGAAGUUUUCAAGGAUUCCGUGUGUUUUGAAGUUGUGCGAGCCUUCAAAGUACUACUAUGAGUUCCAUUAAAUCAGGCAACAAAAAGGAUCAUCAGAAAAUGAGGAUCCGCGCGUUUCCGAUGACUAUGGAUGAGCGGUAUGUGGAGAAUAUUUGGCAGCUGCUCAAAAGUGCGAUCCAAGAAAUUCAGAAGAAAAAUAACAGCGGGUUGAGCUUUGAGGAGCUGUACCGCAAUGCCUACACAAUGGUCCUCCAUAAGCAUGGGGAAAGACUAUACUCGGGCCUCAGAGAUGUUGUCACCCAACACCUGGAAAACAAGGUUCGAGCUGAUGUGCUGGCCUCACUACAGAACAACUUCCUGCAGACUCUAAAUCAUGCCUGGAACGACCACCAGACCUCCAUGGUGAUGAUCCGAGACAUCCUCAUGUACAUGGACCGUGUCUAUGUACAGCAGAACAAUGUUGACAAUGUCUACAAUCUAGGUUUAAUAAUAUUUAGGGACCAGGUUGUGCGAUACGGUUGCAUAAGAGACCACCUCCGGGAGACGCUCCUGGACAUGGUGAUGAGGGAGCGCCGGGGGGAGGUGGUUGAUAGAUUAGCCAUCAAGAAUGCUGCCCAGAUGCUGAUAGUAUUAGGCAUUGAGUCCCGAGCUGUUUAUGAAGAAGAUUUUGAACGGCCUUUCCUUGCACAGUCAGCAGAAUUUUAUAGGAUGGAGAGUCAGAAGUUUUUAGCAGAGAACAGUGCAUCUGUGUAUAUCAAGAGAGUUGAAGCAAGGAUAUCAGAGGAAGCAGAACGAGCAAAGCACUACCUCGACGAGUCUACUGAAAGGCGAAUUGUUGAAGUUGUGGAAGAAGAGCUAAUUAAGAAACAUAUGAAGACCAUUGUUGAGAUGGAGAAUUCUGGAGUAGUACACAUGCUCAAGAAUAACAAAACUGAAGAUUUAGCCUGUAUGUAUAAACUCAUGUCCCGCGUAUUAGAUGGGCUAAAGGCAGUAGCAGAAUGUGUCUCCCAACACUUACGAGAGCAAGGUAAAGCCUUAGUAGCAGAAGAGGAAGGAGGUAAAAAUGCCAUUACGUUUGUACAGAAUUUGUUGGACUUGAAGGACAGGUUUGACCAUUUCCUCCACAACUCAUUUAAUAAUGACAAGAUCUUCAAGCAGAUGAUUGCAGCUGAUUUUGAAUAUUUUCUUAAUUUGAACAACAAAUCUCCAGAAUAUCUGUCAUUAUUUAUUGAUGACAAGUUGAAGAAGGGAGUCAAGGGGAUGACGGAGGCAGAAAUUGAGGUGGUCCUGGACAAGACGAUGGUGCUGUUCCGCUUCUUGCAAGAAAAGGACGUGUUUGAACGGUACUACAAGCAGCAUCUUGCCAAGCGUCUCCUUCUUCAAAAGUCUGUCUCAGAAGACUCAGAGAAAACCAUGAUCUCCAAGUUGAAAACAGAGUGUGGCUGCCAGUUCACUUCCAAGCUUGAGGGAAUGUUCAAAGAUGUCACAAUAUCCAACACCAUAAAUGAGGAGUUUAAGCAACGAGUCAACAGUGCAGGGACAAAUCUGUGUGGUGUUGACAUCUAUGUGAGAGUGUUAACAACAGGAUACUGGCCCACACAGUCAGCCAAUCUGAAGGCUAAUGUUCCCAUGGCCCCUCGGAGUGCCUUUGAGGCUUUCAGGAGAUUCUACCUCAACAAGCACAGUGGCAGACAACUUACCCUUCAGCCACAAUUAGGGUCAGCAGAUCUCAAUGCAGUAUUUCAUGGUUCAAGAAAAGAAGAGAGUGCCUGUGCCUCAACCAGCGUAGUUGCUGGUUCAGUAGCCUCAGUAGCUGCUGUAGCCUCUGGAGAAGCUGUCAGUAGUGUGGCUGGUAUAUCUUCAUCUACUAUUGGAGGCACUGUCUCUAACAAUGGCUUGAUGCCCUCCCCAAAUCUGUCAGGAGCACACACACCUACCAGUGCUGUAGCCUCUCCAUCAGGUUCUGGAGUCAUGGGGUCAGGCAAACCAUCAGGACCCAAGAAACACAUCAUUCAAGUUUCCACCUAUCAAAUGGUUAUCCUCAUGCUAUUCAACACUAGGGAUAAACUAACAUAUGAGGAAAUCCAAAGUGAGACGGACAUCCCCGACCGUGACCUAGUUCGAGCUCUCCAAUCCUUGGCACUUGGCAAGCCAGCCCAGCGAGUAUUGCUCAAGACUCCAAAAACUAAAGAAAUAGAGUCCUCACAUGAGUUCACUGUUAAUGAUUCCUUUACUUCCAAGUUGUACAGAGUGAAAAUUCAGGCUGUAGCAGCUAAAGGGGAGAGUGAACCAGAGAGGAAAGAGACAAGAAGUAAAGUUGAUGAGGACCGCAAACAUGAGAUUGAAGCAGCCAUUGUUCGUAUCAUGAAAGCCCGCAGGCGAAUGACUCAUAACAACCUGGUAGCUGAGGUAACAGACCAACUCAAGUCCCGCUUCCUACCGUCCCCAAUACUUAUCAAGAAGAGAAUUGAGAGCCUCAUAGAGCGAGAAUAUUUGGCACGCACACCAGAAGACAGGAAAAUCUACUCCUAUGUGGCGUGAAGAGUAGGUUAUACACUGAAGCAUAGCCAAGGCUGUGAAACCUCCCUUUGUUAGAGAUAUGGUCGUGCAGCCAUGGAGGGUGAGGUUAAAGGAUUAAUGAGCCCUAAGGAUCACCUAGUCCAUCUCUGCUCUCCUCAUUCUCAUGCUCUCUCUGCAGAUGCUCACUUCACCCUCAGUAUAAUAUGCCAGGAAUGGCAGAUGUACGGCCACAUCUAACCCUUGCCAUGAGUACCGAGAGUCAACUUGAAGUAAGAGGUUCUCGGGGUCACCACAAACACCCCCCGCGGCAGGUUACUGUUAGCUGCUUUUCAUAGCUGUUGUUGCCAGAUACUUCUGAACUACUGAUGGUGUUUGGACCAAGGGAUGGUGGUAUCAGUAGUCAUUAUGAGUAUGAGAACACUCCCAUUGUUAGAAAAUUACUUAAUGAUGUGAUAAAAUUGUAUCAAAGUAAUUCAAUUGUCUGGUGAAAGUUAAGAUCAAGAAUUGCAUUGGGAUCUUAAAAAUUGUAUAAACUGAUGACCUGCUUCUCUGCUUGGUUCCAGUGCAGCCAAACUUCAGUGUGUGGUCAUUGCUGAGCUAUUACAAGUUUGUAAAAGA